GAAAACCGGCUCCGCAAAAAAAGGAGGCGACAACCACCGUGUCGGGCCUCGCACUGCCCAGUGCUGGCCCCGUCAUUUGGCAGACUGGGGCGAGCCUGAUUUGGACUGGCCCGGACUGGGACCAGAUUGCCCAGGCCGACCGACCGACCGACCGAACAAGCACAACACAGCACAGCAUAACCUGGGCAGGACAGGUCUAGACAGCCGACAGGUCUAGCAGGGACCCUUUUCUUUUUGUCCUGCAUUCUCAGAGGCCGGACAUAUCUAUCGUCAAUUCAAUCCUCCCGCCUCACCCAUUUCCACUCCCACCGCCGGCUUGCCUUGUCUUCUCUUGUCACUUCGGGACAGAUUGUCGAGCCAGUCGAGCCAGUCGAGCCAGUCGAGCCACGACGGACCGGUACAUACAUACAACAUACAUUCACCACCACCACCACCACCACCACAGCAAACUAUCCGCCGCCGCCGCUACUGCUUGUCGUCGUCACUGCGGCUGCGUUCUUAAUUUCUCUUCUCGUCCAUCGCUAUUGUCCAUCUUUCUUACAUCGGUAUCAUUUCGCAAUCCCGACAGUCAAUUGGUACUCGUCUACCUUCGCCCGAAACCGCCCUCAUCCGAAAGCUCCACACAAAGACGACCACCUUGACCCGUCCGGCAGCCACUGCCCUCUCCGCCCGCCGCCGCGAACACGUACCCGACCCGUUGGACCUCCGCCUUCUGCCACAAGUCCUCGCUCUUUCCGAAGUGCCCGUCCGACCUCUUGGCCGGACAACCCAGCCAUCUCCCACAAUUCCCGACAACACCGGCAAGCUGUCUUCCCCAAUCCUCCUGCAGCGGACCGUCUCCUACGACACGGGGACCAAUCCUCCGCGUCGGGGGAGUGUGUACAAGAUGGCGGAAACAAACACGGCCCGUAGGAGACGGUCUAGCAGCAUCCUCCAAGUCUACCACGAGCCCCCUGAGACCGUCGAGCAGCUCAGCGACCGCGCGGCUCUCCCGAAUGGAAACGCCAAUUGGGUCAACGCCAAAGGAGCAUGGACCAUUCACCUCAUCCUCAUCAUGUGCCUCAAGAUCUUCUACGACAUCAUGCCGGGCGUGUCGCAGGAAACAUCCUGGACGCUGACCAACAUCUCGUACAUGGCUGGAUCAUACCUCAUGUUCCAUUACGUCCGAGGAGUGCCUUUCGAGUUCAACGCCGGGGCAUACGACAACCUGAACAUGUGGGAACAAAUUGACGACGGAGCCCAAUACACACCCGCCAAAAAGUUCUUGCUCAGCGUGCCCAUCGUGUUGUUCCUCCUCAGCACGCACUACACGCAUUAUGAUUUGGCAUACUUCACGAUCAACUUCCUCGCAGUCCUCGCGGUCGUGAUUCCGAAGUUACCAUUUAGUCACCGCAUGCGAUUUGGGCUGUUUUCAGGUGUGCCCGAGGAAGCAUAGGGCUUUUCUGUCAAGGAAUUCAGGCGUUCGGCUUUGCAGCACUUGCAGAUUGGAGUUUGGUGGAGUUGCGGUAGAGGGAAAACGUGGAGCGCGGGCCUAUGAGGCCUCAAAAGUGACAUACGCCGGACUUGCACAAAAGAACUGAUGUUUACAGGAAACCGAGCAUAAGUUGCAAGGCAAAUGUUUUCGCAAAGGGGGCUGGCGUGCAGAAACGUAUCGACAGCCACUUUGGAGGUAUCAGGCUUCGAAGAACACAAUAUGGUUGGUUGUCGGGACAUCUCCACGGGAAGUAUCCCAGAUGACUGUCCAGUCCCACCGUCCAAGUGUCUCCUAGAGUACUUCUUCUCAAUCAAUCCAACCACCCAGAAAGCCAUCACAUCAGAGGAGGCAUCCAUUUGACAAUGAUGUUCGCAGGCCUUUCCGCACCAAGUGGACUGAAUGUAUGACAUAGAAUACAUUUGCAGCUGCUUGCCUGGGCGCUUGCCUUUGCGGGUGCCGUGUUCCUAACCAGGGUUUCGAAGGAUAUGGGAAGGAAAAGCGCCCACGAACACAUCCGACGGCUUGCAGCAACUACCUAGGUAUACAGGCAUCCCACUACCUACCGAGUUGAUUCCGAGUCAAGGGGUUUUCAUUCGGGAAGCGCCAUAUGUGCGAUUCUAUUGUGGCCCUGUAUGAAGUCUCCUCGAUCAUCCUAGUUGCCUGCCCUUUUGAUGCUAUUGAUACUGCAUUUGCAUGCAUGGCUCAAAUGACGUUAGAUGGGACGCGCAUGAGCUUGGUGAGCUUGGCUCAGGCAUUCCUUCUGGCUGGCUAUAAAUCUUAGAACAGAAUGGCAGGAGCAUCCCAUAGGGAGGCGCCUUAAAAGUCAACAAAGAUUUCAAUACCCCAA